AGACUGGAGUAGAAAGGCGAAAGAAUGAGGAGAAAGUGGCAACGGAGCAGCAGAGCGUGGCCGCAGGGGAGAUAUGAGUUUAGUGGUCAGCAGCAGAUUUCAUUCCUCUCUCGGAGAAUAUGACUUGGAAGCUGGCGUGUUACAACACGUUGAAUUGGAUGCGAAAUACCCGUCUUAUUAGGCGACCACUGUAUUCCUUUGUGCAUUAUAUAACGGCAGCCUCCGUCACUUGACUUAUUUUUGGGUUGCCAGCACCAGUCAGUCAGUAGCAUCAUCAGCAUCCUCGUCCUCAUGAUUUCUUCCACCAAGACGCACUAACUUCACAUGCAUUAUUCCCAGGGAGAAAGUUGGUGUGCAAAGUAUGGAGCUUUCUCCGUGUAGCUAGAACUUCUCGAGGGAGGUGGACACCGCAUUAGCAGUGAUAAAGAGGGAUCAAAUGGGCCAUACCUUCAGCUGCACAACUGUUGGUUGGUGAGGUUUCAAAGUGCAAGCCAAGUGGAAAAGUUUUCAUGAAAACUAUGAAAACGUGUCUUCUCAAACAACCAGCACCAAGAGCGUCAAGUGAUGCUGUACAUUUCCAUCAAGAGACCGAAAAGAGCAACCACAGACAGAGAACUCUUUCGAGUCUCACUUUGAGUUUUGGCCAUUCAGCGAAAGUAGAGAGAUUGAAACAUUUGCAACUUUGUGCAAUGAUGUCAGAAGUCUGCGGUACAAGAAGAUUUCGUAAUACUUCCUGAAACCGCAACUAUUAUGCUAUGCUGGAUAGUAUGCUUUGUGUGGGCUGCUGGACCAGGGUCCAUCGUGGUCGUGGUGAAGGAGAUCAAAGAAAGCAGGUUUGUUUAUAAUUGAGCCAACCCAGCCUUUGGUUGUGUAAACAACAACGGUGGUGCUGGGUGGAAAAGGGAGCAAAGGCCGGAAGGAGAGUUAUCACAUCAGGUUUGGUCAUGACCAGGGAGACCACAGGGACACGGAGAGUUGGAGCUAGGAUGAUGGUGAACGCGUUGUUGUGAAUAAUAGAGGAGGAGGAGAAGAGAGUACUAGAGAAUAUAUACAUCCGGGGGGAUUCAGGAGAAAGGAGGAAGAAGAAUGAGCAGGCAGUGGUGGUGGUGGAGAGGACGACAGAUUGAGGCUCAAGAGAGACUCGCUUUCUCUUUCUCUCUCUCUGCAAACACUUCCACUGCUACUUCUCAUCGUCGUGGUGGUGGAAAUCCUGCAGGUCUCAACGCUGCUGAAACUUCUCAAGAGGAGACACAAAGAGGGUCAACUCGACUUAUAUUUCAUUCCUCCAUCUCCUAAUACACAUGAUGCAAAGGUGAAAGGUGGCUCGGCAGCAGCAGAGCAACCAAUAUAUCAUCAUCAGUCGUCGUCGUCGUAUUCAUUUUUCAGAUUGCCAAGAUAACUCACUCACACACUGUCCUCUCUGCCUAUGAGGUGGCUUGUCCUCGUCGGUUUGUGGGCUUAGUGGAGUGGAGAAAGUGGUCGUGAAAUGUAGUGCAUAGACAAACUGAGGAACCGUCAUCAUCAUCAUGAGUGGAGUUUGGGAAGGGUUGUCUACUUUGUGCAUUUGUAGGCAUCACCCACUUUCCAUGCUUUGCAUCAUCUCCAUCCUCUCAUUUUUUAUCGGUCUUGCCUGGCUGGGAAUCGGCGUGUGGCUCACGACCAUCAUCAUUCUCAACACCUCUCUCGACUACGAUGACCAACUCUUCUUUGAGAAACUCAACAUUGUCGACCCCUCAACCAAGAAGAGUCUCGUGUUCGAGAAUGAGUCCUCCUUCGUCUUCACGCCGCUGGACAACCUCAAAUUUUAUCUCUUGUCUAUGUGCGUCAUCGCCAUUCUGGGGGGCUUGGGACGAGCCCUCACCUCCCUCUGCCUCCUCCACUACGUUUACAAGAAGCUGCUGCCAUACGUUAUGUCGUGGGCCUGGGUGGUACUCUCAAUCUUGGCCGUCGUUAGUUUGGCGUCGAUUACGGUGGAUACGCUGGUUACUCUCAGUCACAACGAUGUUUCCCCGCCCCAUGCUCGGGACUUUCAUUUCAAAAAUGACCACUUUGGAUUCUACAACUUCUGCCACAUUUUGAAGCACUGCUUGAUUGUGGACUUUGUCACUAUUUGCUAUUUCCAGUGGGUGGUGAGGUGGGCGCAACGACACCUCGCCCCCUCCCCCCCACAUUGACUUCUUCCAUAAGAUCAGCAGGAGAAUUUAACAGUUACGACGUGUUUUACGUUUAGAAAUUGUUUUUAUUUGCAUUUGUAUAAUUAUUAAGUACAUGUAUCGAAUUUUAAGCGUGUCAAUCUGUACACCAGUUUCAUAUCAGGUCAUGAUUUCUUAACAAGAACAACUACAAAGUUUGACUACGUUUUCUUUCUCCUUUCUCUGGAUAAUAAUAUAUGUAUGAUUUGAAUAAUAUGAUUUGCAAUAUUUUAA